GAUCUACGCCAUCGCAUUAACUACGUCGCCUCAUAUCACGACACUCCGACCACGUCGCUGUGGACAAAAGAACACGACGCGCGUAUAGGAGGCUAAAACUACGACUGAGAUUCGUCCAUCAACUGCACCUCCGUAAUCCACCACCAUGUCUGAACGAAAGGUGCUCACCAAGUACUACCCCCCAGACUUCGACCCCUCGAAGAUCACUCGCCAGCGCGGUCCCAAGAAUGCAGGCCCCAAGCUCAUGACUGUCCGUCUUAUGGCGCCAUUCUCCAUGAAAUGCACACACUGCGGCGAGUUCAUCUACAAGGGCCGCAAGUUCAACGCGCGGAAAGAGACUACGGAGGAGAAAUACUAUAACAUUGCCAUCUUCCGCUUCUACAUCCGAUGCACGCGAUGCUCCGGCGAAAUCACCUUCAAGACCGACCCUAAGAACAUGGACUACGCAUGUGAGCGCGGCGCAAAGCGAAACUUCGAACCCUGGAGGGAGGCUAAGCUCAACGAAGAGAACGAGGAGGAGCGCUUAGACCGGAUAGAGCGAGAGGAGGCGGAGCGCGACGCCAUGAAGGAGCUCGAGACAAAGGUCUUGGAUGCGAAGACAGAGAUGGCUAUCGCAGAUGCUCUAGACACGAUUCGUUCGAGAAACGCGAGACUCGAAAAGGCAGAGCGCGAAGGCACCAGGACGGAUGUACCACCGGAUUCUGCUGAUGAACGCCGGAAGAAGCAAGAGGAAGAAGACGCCGAGGCAGCCCGCCAAGCAUUCGCAAACCGCGGCAUGCCAGAUAUUGGUGAGGAAACCAUUGACGAGGACAUGAUGGAUGCACCAAUCGAGGUGCCUUCUGUUGCAACCUUUGCUACUAAAAAGCCGAAAGAAAAGAAGGACUUUAGCGCUGCACUUGGCAUCAAGAAGAAGGCAACUGCUCCUGCUCCUGCUCCGGCCAACAUAUCGCAAGUGAAAGCCGCUCCAGUGCCGUCGAAACUGUCUACCAUGCUUGUAGCUGGCUAUGAUAGCGACAGCGAUUGAGACAAACAGCAGAAGAGCAUUUACGGCGUUUGGACGAAUUAUAUGAGCGCUGACAAUACCGACAUGAUCGUAAUAUACAUCUUCUCGGCUUGGAACUCUCCACGAACCGAGUAGACUACGUAGUGAUUCGAACGAUUUGACGGAACAAGCGAAUUGAACGAUUGUGCCCAAGUGCAUGUCAUUACAAAGUA